AUGAGCAAAAGCAAACCAGGGGCUUUACAAACCAAGCGGAAAAAGCAGCGUCAGGCAGCCCAGUCCGUCGAAAAGCUUAAGACCAAGUGCGCUCAGGAACAUGGGAAGGCUCAUGUAGCGCACUGCAAGGAUUGCUAUGGGGAUGUUGUGGAGACGAUGAGAAACAGAUACAUCGGCUCUAAGGACGAGUGGUUCUCCGGUAACAAGGCCUUUCUGAACGAUCUCGAUAGCUUGUUCGCGAAGGUCAAGGACUUCAAGGAAGACCUCAAGGCCAUUGAGGCCCGGAUUGACAAGGAAAAGCAAAGGCACUACCGCGAGUCCCUCCCCAAGUCAGCAGCGGGGCGCGUCGCCGAAGCCGCGAUAGGCAGGGCCGUAUUUCAGGCUGCUCUGGAGGACGAAGAGAAGCCGACGUCUUCACUUAUCGAGGAUGUCGAGAGAGCCGUUAGCAAAGGAGUCGACGACGCACCGAGUCUCGAGGGUCUGGCACCCAUGUUCGAUGACCUAGUCCUCGACAAGGAGGCCGACGUCCUCAUCGACGUCUUUUUCCGAGAUCCCAGGACAGGCGAGGUUCCUGCAUCAUGCAAAAGUUAUGUGGAAAGGUUGCGCUCAGGUGCCUCUAUCGAAGAUGUUAUGUCUGCCAUAGCGGCCGACAGCUCAGCUAGGUCUCAGGCCUCAGCUAGCAUGGACAGGCACAAACGGACGCUCAAUGAGCUUAAGAGGGCGCAGGCGGCACAUGAGCAGGAUAAGCUCCUGAAAGCUCAGAAGCGGCAGCAACCCCCUCCGCAGGGUCCUCAGGUCAACAAGGAACUGUACGAUCUUCCGCCGUGUCUCGCAUGCUCAGGCAAGGUAUCGCCGGACGAGGUCAUCGCGUGUCCCUUGUGCUUGAUCUUCGCCGAACUAAGCCUGACUAAGAGGACGGUCUUCGACUCAGAGAAGUGCUACGAAGAGGCAUAUGAUGAGCACGUUCAGACGGCACACAGCUGCGCCGCCGGCGAAGGAUGCGUUCAACUCAAGGACGAGGAUGAGGAAAUGGGCGGCAGUGGCGAAGGGCCCGUCAUUUGUGAAGAGUGCGCAGAGCAGCUAGGGCAAAGUAUAGUCUACUGCUCAUCACGCUGCGCAAGUGCCGAUUUCCAGGAACACCGAGAGGGCGUUCACAUUCCAAAUUGGAAGGGGCUUGGCAUCGAUAUCGGCACCCAGGGAGAGCAUUUAGUCUACGACAACGACGAUAAGUCCAAGUACCAUGUAAACGACAUUUCAAAGUUCGUGUGGCGGCUUGACGAGGCUUUCGCGCGCGUCUUCAAGAGCAACAACCCUGAUAUCAAAGACAUCCAGCAUUAG